AUGAGUUUAUUGGAAGAUUGUUGGAAAGAAGCAACUGAAGGUUUUAAUGCAGCUGUAUGCGAUACCUGGUUAGCUCGCUUACAAGAAGUAUAUUCUGAUGAAAAAAGAACGUACCACAAUUUGGAUUCCUUACUGCAGAAGUUGGGUCAUUUUUUGGAAGUGAAAGAUCAUUUGAAAAAUCCUAAAGCUAUACUUUUGGCUGUGUUUUUCCAAAAUUUUGAAUAUGAUCCAAAAGCUCUUGAUGAAGAAAAUCGCAACACUGAACACUUUAUUGAAUUUGCAGAUGAAGCUGAAAUACCUCAAGAUGACGAAAUCCGAAAUGAAACGUGUGCACUUCUUAAAGCAAUUGCAAUUCACAGUACUGAAGAACAUAAAGUAGGAGGUGCCUUCGGUAGCGAUGAUGCUCAUUAUUUAUUAGAUUUAGAUAUGGCGAUUUUAGGCUCAAGUCCUGAAGUUUAUUUGGAAUAUAGAGAAAAAAUACGUGGAGAAUAUUCUUUUCUCAGUGAGCCAAUGUAUACAGCAUUGAGAUUAAAGGUACUACAAAAUUUUUUACAAAUACCAAAUAUUUUUGCCACAAAGGAAUUCCGCUUGAAGUUCGAAGAGCAAGCAAGACAAAAUAUUCAAACUGAAGUGGAACUUUUAUCUUGA